AUGCAUGUCCAAUUCCCACCCAAGCUCGCUGUCCUCCAGGCUUUCUGGGAUGGAAAGAUAGAUGACACACUAACGGAGUUAGCACCUCACAGCAGUGAUGACAUGCUCUACUGUGAAGCCGAAGCACCCUCCACUGUCGAGAAAGAGAAAACAGCCCAGGAGGACUCAGAAACAGACCUAGAGAUUGAAGAUACAGAGAGGUACUACACCACUGGACAGAGGGAGCUGUACCUGGAGGCCUGCAAACUAAUGGGCGUUGUGCCUGCCUCCUACUUCAUACGCAACAUGGAGGAGCCCUGUAUGAACCUCAACCACCAUGGGCUGGGCCCCAACGGUACCAAGGCCAUUGCUAUAGCCCUGGUGUCCAACACAACCAUCAUCAAGCUGGAGCUGGAAGAUAACUGCAUCACAGAAGAGGGCGUUCUGAGCCUGGUGGAAAUGCUCCAAGAGAACUACUAUCUCCAGGAAUUGAACAUUUCCAACAAUAAGAUCGGCUUGGAAGGGGCUAAGAUCCUCUCAGAUUUCCUCCAGGGAAAUACCUCUUCACUCUCAAAACUGAAGCUUUCAGGCAACAACUUCAAGGAAGAAGCUGCAGCACUCUUAUGCCAAGCCCUGUCGUCCAACUACCGAAUUAGGACCUUGGCUCUCAGUCACAACGAACUCUCUGAUGUAGGAGGAGAAUACCUGGGACAAAUGCUAAGCCUCAAUGUAGGGCUCCAGUCGCUGGAUCUAAGCUGGAAUCACUUCCACACACAGGGAGCUACAGCCUUGUGUAACGGUCUCCGGUCUAACGUGACCCUGAAAGCACUGGAUCUCUCCAUGAAUGGCCUUGGGAAUGAAGGGGCUCUGGCCCUAGGGGAGGUCCUCAAAAUCAACAGCUGCCUAUGCUACUUGGAUGUCAGCAGUAACAACAUCAAUAAUGAAGGAGCCUCUAGGAUCAGCAAGGGCCUGGAACUCAAUGAAACCCUCCAAGUGCUGAAGCUUUUCCUGAACCCUAUGAGUAUGGAAGGAGCAGUUGUACUUAUCCUGUCAAUCAAGAGGAACCCCAAAUCCAGGAUGGAAGAGCUUGACAUUGCUAACGUGCUGGUAACUGAACAGUUCAUUCGAGUCCUGGAUGGGGUGUGUGCCAUCCACCCCCAACUGGAUGUGGUGCACAAGACUGUGCAAGGCUUCUCCACCAAGAAAACCUUCCAGUGGACAAACCCUAUGAGAAUGAUCCAGAGCUAUGCAGAACAGCAGAAAAUCACAGUUUUGGAGUUCUUCAAGAGCUUGAACUCUGCUGGAUCCAUGACAAUGCCUGUGGGCGAGUUCCGGAAAGCUCUGGUACAGCAAAACAAGGUCCCUAUAAACCGUUACCAAGUCAGAGAGUUGAUAAAGAAGCUGGAUGAGAAGAAAGGCAUAGUGGACUUCAGUGGGGGAGGAGCGAUGCAGGUUGUGACUGCUGCAGGAGAGGAGGGGAAAUGCUGA